CUCCCCCAAGUUCCCAACCCUUACGCCUCACUGUGUUAUGCUUAUGGGUUUUGGAAGCAAACAUACAUUAAUUUUGUCUUUGAAAAAACACCUAAAAUCCAUCCUUCCCCUUCCUCCUCUUCAUCUCUCUCUCCAAACCUUUUCAUUCUUGGGUUUAUCCCCCUGCCUCGCCUCUGCACAAUUUCUCUUCGUCUUGGCUUCGGACUCUCAAUUUCCUUCUUCUUCUUCUUCUUCUUCUUCUUCUUCUUCUUCUAAUUCUGGAUUUCAUAUCAUUCUAAUAAUAGGAUGGCAACUGAGAGCCCUACCAGAAUAGUGGACAGGAUGGGUGAUAGAAACUGGCCCUCUUCUAAAGAUAUAGCGACAUUUGGAUCUCCAUUUAAAAACAUUGCGUCUGAGGAGUUGGGAUCAAUCUUAGAGAGGCAUAAUUUUCAUAGAAAUAUGUCGGAUUCAAUUCCCAAUCGGAGUGGUAGUGCACCACCAAGUAUGGAGGGUUCUUUUGCGGCUAUUGGCAACCUGUUAACUCAGCAGGACAGUAGUCUAGUUACAAGCUUGUCUACUUUAUGUGAUGCUUUAGAAAAUUGUGUGUCAGAAGAACAGCUACGCUCACAUCCAGCUUAUUUUGAAUACUAUUGGGCCAAUGUUAACUUGAAUCCAAGGCUUCCUCCUCCUCUCAUAUCACGAGAGAAUCGUAGAUUGGUGCGACAUAUUGGUGGAUUAGGCAAAAAUCGGAGAUUGAGCUCGACAGAUGAUACUGCUGGUGAACUCUUACAUGUUUCCAAAGGCUCCCUUUCUACUCAUCAGGAGGAGACUUCAGAAGAUAGACUGCCGGAGCAAGUUUCAGAGAACUUUAUAGAGAAGAAUGGUGCUGCUUUGCCUGCAAAGAACAAAUCUUUUAUCACAAGUCACCAUAAGAGCUUGGUUGAUUUGAUACAGGAAGACUUUCCUCGGACCCCUUCUCCUGUCUAUAAUCAAUCACUUUUAGCAACCAGUUCAACAACAGAACAAGCAGUUGAGGGUGAUUUGGAUGCUAUUGCCUCUGGUGUUUCAUCUUUAAGCAUUUCGAAAGUAGUGGAGUCAAAUUCAUGCUCUCCCAUUCUGGAGCCUAGCAAUGUGAUUACGGAUCCAAUGGGGUUAAUAAACGAUGAAGCUCCUCCAAAGAAAUCUCAAAAUGCAGAGAAAUCCAACAGAGCACGUAGCCCACACCUAGAGGGAUCAAGGGUGAAAAAUGUUAGUCAGGAGAAUGUCGCAGAAAAAUCUGGGACAGUUGGGCAUGAUAUUCCAAAAUUAGAAUCUAGAGCAAAAGCAUCCAAUGUUGAGAGUACUAGGAAUAAACUUGAUCAUCAAUCUUACGGGAGAAAUCAUCCACAUAUUUAUUUUUCAAAGCAGCAACCCUUUCCAUGUCCAGCUCCAGAUAUUCAGUCCCAGAUGGUUUCUCAAGGAAUUAGUCAUCUAGAAGUUGGACUCGAAAACUUUUCACAUGGACAGCGUAAUUUUUCAACUGCUGAGGUGCAAGCAGCAUUUCAUUCUUCAGGACUCACUCCUCCCUUGUAUGCCACAGCAGCAGCAUAUGUGGCUCCAGGAAAUCCAUUUUAUCAUAAUUAUCAACCAUCAGGUUUAUUUAGUCCUCAGUUCAAUGUGGGAGGAUAUGCUCUGGCUUCCACAGUUUUUCCUCCAUUCAUGUCUGGUUAUCCUACACAUGGUGCUGUUCCAUUGCCGGACCCUUCUGUUUCGAACUUUAAUGGUCGAACUGCUGGUGUUUCAAUAGGAGAAAAUAUUCCAUCUGUGGGAGACUUACAACACAUGAGCAAGCUUUAUGCUCAACCUGGAUUUGUUUACCCACCUUUUGUGGACCCUGCUCAUGUACAAUAUGGUCAACGUCCAAUAGAAGAUACUUAUGGUGGUUCAGUUCAUCAUGGUCAAUUGGGUUCUAGAAGUUUUAGUCAUAUGCAGAUUAAUUCUUUUGGUUCACAACAAGAUUCAAAUGUUUCUUCUUAUUUGAAUGACAAUAAAAUUCAGUCACCAACAAAUGGGGGUUUUAGCCUCUUGAGUCAGAGAAAAGGGAUUACUGGCGGUAAUUAUGGAAAUUCUUCUAACAUGAGUGGCAUCAUUCAACUUUCAGCCCCAUCUCUUGCAAGCCCUGCUUCACCCUCAUCUCCAGUAGGUGGGGUGAAUUAUCUAGGCCGACGGAAUGAAAUGUGGUUUCCUUCAGGUUUAGUUCGUAAUGCAGGGGACUAUUCUGGUUGGCAGGGGCAGAGGGGCUCCAACAGCUUUGAUGACUCCAAAAGGCACUCUUUUCUUGAAGAAUUGAAAUCGAGCAACGCACGGAAGUUUGAACUUUCUGAUAUUGCCGGGCGUAUUGUUGAAUUCAGUGUUGAUCAACAUGGGAGUCGCUUUAUUCAACAGAAGCUUGAGCACUGCAGUCCCGAAGAGAAGGCAUCUGUGUUUAAAGAAGUUCUUCCACAUGCCUCUAAACUAAUUACUGAUGUUUUUGGAAAUUAUGUUAUCCAAAAGUUCUUUGAACAUGGAGCUCAUGAGCAGAGGAAGGAACUUGCUGAUCAACUUGCUGGACAAAUAUUGCCUCUAAGCUUGCAGAUGUAUGGUUGUCGUGUGAUUCAGAAGGCACUCGAAGUUAUUGAACUGGAUCAAAAGACACAUCUCGUGCGAGAACUUGAUGGUCAUGUUAUGAGAUGCGUUCGUGAUCAAAAUGGGAAUCACGUUAUACAGAAGUGUAUAGAAUGUGUUCCUUCAGAAGAAAUUGGUUUUAUAAUUUCUUCUUUUGAAGGCCAAGUCGCCACUCUUUCCACUCAUCCAUAUGGCUGCCGUGUUAUCCAGAGAAUUUUGGAGCAUUGUUCAGAUGAGGCCCAGAGUCAGUGUAUAGUGGACGAAAUAUUGGACUCUGUUUAUGGUCUUGCUCAAGAUCAAUAUGGAAACUAUGUCAUUCAGCAUGUUCUUGAGAGGGGAAUGCACCAUGAAAGAAGCCAAAUUAUCAGCAAGUUGACUGGAAAGUUUGUGCGGAUGAGCCAGCAUAAAUAUGCUUCAAAUGUCGUUGAAAAGUGCUUGGAGCAUGGUGAUACGAUUGAAAGAGAGUUGAUAAUUGAGGAAAUUAUGGGGCAAUCUGAAGAAAAUGAUACUUUGUUGGCAAUGAUGAAAGACCAGUUUGCAAAUUACGUUGUUCAGAAGAUAAUUGAAAUAUGCAAUGAUGAUCAACGAGAGAGGUUGUUGAAUCGUAUUAAAGGUCAUCUUCAAGCUUUGAAGAAGUAUACUUACGGGAAACACAUAGUUGCUCGACUAGAACAGUUGUCGGGUGAAGGUGCGUUUAUAUAUUACCCUAACAAACUGUUUGCAACUAACAACAGGAGAAUAGAUCAUCAACCUCAUUAACUAUGCGCGAAACUGACCAAAAUAGAGAAAAAUGCAUAUCUUGAAUUCUAGGAAUUCUGUUAAAUGUAACACUUGUUAAGUAGAAUUCUGUUAAAUGUAACACUUGUUAGUAUUCUACCAGAAGUUAGCAAUCAAUCAAGUUUUCAGCUGUUGCUUUUUGUAUAUUAUUGGUUUAUUGGUUUAAAUACUUUAUAGUACUUUGGUCCCUGUAUUUUUUGUUUUGGUUCAUUUGAGCCCUUAUACUUUCAACUUUUGUUCAUUUUGAUUUCUAUACUUUUAACUUGUUGGUUCCAAUCCUCUCAAAAUGUUUGGUUUGGUCUUUGUACUUUCAAGUUUCAGUAUUGGUUCAUUUUAGUCCUUUUACUUUAAAAAAGUGGCUAUUUUGGUCUUUUCUUUUUCAUUUCUAACAUAUCAAAAUAGUCAUUUUUUAAAAGUUCAAGAACCAACCACCAAAAUGAACUUUUGGAAGUACAAUAACUAAAUUGAACUUUUUGAAAGUAUUGAGACCAAAAGCUAAAAGUGGGGGCCAUCUUGCAAUGUAAUUCCCACCAAACAAUGGGUAGAAUCCUUUGCAGACAACUUAAAUAUGGACAUUGUAUUGCAACUGGUAGAGUGGCUUAUUGCCACGAUCUAUUGAGAUUCAGUCCUUCGAACGAAAGCAUUGAAACUAAAAUAGACUAAAGUUAAAAGUACAGAAACCAAAAUGAACCAAAGUAGAAAAUAGAGACCAAAGUAAUAUUUAAAACUUAUUUGGUUUACAACCACUGAGUAUGAUAUGUUGGGUGCAGAAAGCCAAGCGUCAGCAGCUUGAGGAGUUUAGAAAUUGGGAGUGGAAGCG